ACGUGGCAGCCGCUGGAGCCGCGGACGAGGAGCGAGGCCGGCCGCCGGGCACUUCCUGUGGAGGCCGCAGCGGGCGCGGGCGCCGAAGGGCCGAGCGCCGAGCGAGCGAGCGAGCCGAGCGAGCCGGGCCUCCCGCCGCCGCCAUGGGCCAGAACGACCUGAUGGGCACGGCCGAGGACUUCGCCGACCAGUUCCUCCGGGUCACGAAGCAGUACCUGCCACACGUGGCGCGCCUGUGCCUGAUCAGCACGUUCCUGGAGGACGGCGUCCGCAUGUGGUUCCAGUGGGGCGAGCAGCGCGACUACAUCGACACCACGUGGGGCUGUGGCUACGCGCUGGCCUCCGCUUUCGUGUUGCUCAACCUGCUCGGACAGCUGACUGGCUGCAUCCUGGUGUUGAGCAGGAACUUCGUACAGUAUGCCUGUUUUGGGCUCUUUGGAAUCAUAGCACUGCAGACCAUUGCUUACAGCAUCCUAUGGGACUUGAAGUUUUUGAUGAGGAAUCUGGCCCUGGGAGGAGGCUUGCUGUUGCUCCUGGCGGAGUCCCGUUCUGAGGGGAAGAGCAUGUUCGCAGGGGUCCCCACCAUGCGCGAGAGCUCUCCCAAGCAGUACAUGCAGCUGGGAGGCCGGGUUCUGCUGGUCUUGAUGUUCAUGACCCUCCUCCACUUUGAUGCCAGCUUCUUCUCGAUUCUUCAGAACAUCGUGGGCACAGCUCUGAUGAUUUUAGUGGCCAUUGGUUUUAAAACCAAGUUGGCUGCUUUGACUCUUGUCGUCUGGCUGUUUGCCAUCAACGUGUAUUUCAACGCCUUCUGGACCAUUCCUGUCUAUAAGCCUAUGCACGACUUCCUGAAGUAUGACUUCUUCCAGACCAUGUCGGUGAUUGGAGGCUUGCUCCUGGUGGUGGCUCUGGGCCCCGGGGGCGUCUCCAUGGACGAAAAGAAGAAAGAGUGGUAACACACCCCUUCCCUGCCUGGCUGAGACCUGUGGCCAUCGAGGACUGGUUCGGGGUGGAUUCGACAAAACUGCCAGCAUUUAUGUAUCCUCUUCCCUUCUCUCCCUUGGUAAAGGCACAGAUGUUUUGAGAAUUUAUUUGCAGACACCUGAAAAUUGAUGGUUAAAUCUGCUCUGGACCCACACCCUAGUAUCCGGCCAUUGGGGCUGGCCAGCUGACCGACAGUACCUCCCCCACCAAGGCAAGGCCUCAGCCUCUCAGAGUGAGUGGCCGGCUGGGCUGUGGUCUCAGUUCCUGUUUUGUUUUGCGGGUGGGGGCCUCAAGCUGUACUGUGAGCAGAUACAUUGGUGUAUCAUUCAAAGUGGUCUCCCUCUUCUUAUUUUUUAAGUUUACGUUUUUAGCCAAAACAAAAGAAUUCGGGAUGGCCCAGCCCAACAUCAAAUACACUGUCAAAGCCCUGGUUUAUUUGAACCGCACCCGUGGCUUCAAGUUGUCCCUGCCUUGCAUUAUAUUACUUGUGGGAAUAGUGACAGCACUUCGAGACCCAAACCCAAAGAAGGAAGCUGUACUGGAGGGGUGGCCGAGGCCGCUGCUCAUGGUGAAGUCCCUCAUCAGAAAGCCAGCUCAGAUUGGUACAGAUUUUUUAGAGAGUAAUCCCCCCAGAGCUUUAGUGGCUCAGGGUGGGGACGGAGGGGCCCGAGGUCCUCCAGCGCCCCAGAACCCGUAGGGAUCCCAGCUCCAACCCUGGCCUGGCCACAUGCCUACAAGUUGGCUCCCCCAUGAGGGGUAUGGGCUGAGUGGCAGCCGCGUGGGGCAGGGCGGCAACAAAGCGGCCUCUCAGACCAGUUACCUCACCCCCGACCUUUACACAGCCUCUGCUGAGCCGCGGGCCUGGCCUGGCUGAGCACCCGCCUGGUUCUCUGGCGGGAGGGAGCAGUUCCCCAGGCUGAGCGGCCGUGACUUACCAUCUUCUCAAGGCUGUCGCUUGCUCAGAGUGUCUACUUGCUAUGCUGAAUGCAGCCCAAAUUACUUUUUACGAUUUGUGAUGCCUUACCGAUUGGAUCUUAAUCCUGUAUUUAAAGUUUUCUAACAUUGCCUUAUACUGUGUUUCUCUUCUUGGGGGUGUGAGCGCCUGUGGCUCUUCUCUGCUCGCUGGACUGUAGCGAACACCACGAGGGGAGAGUGGGACAUCUCUGUGCUUCCCCCCAGUCCUCCCCCAGAACCUCUUGGGGGCAGGCUGACCAAACUCAAGUGAGGACUGAUCAGAGCUUUUCUUUUCUCCUGGUUCAUGAGCGAGGUGUGCAGGCCUCAGGGUCCUGCUCAGGGAUGCUGGGGCCAGUCCCGAGCCAGGAUCCACAUUUCCCAGCCAGACCAGAGCCAGUGUGAGGUGGGGAACCUGCCCCACUUUUGCCUACCUAUGCUCCUAGAACCUUUACUGGCUCCAUAGCCUGGACCCACCAAACCUGAGGGCCACAUGGCACACCUUCUUGAUGCCCCCGCCCUGGUAGAGGCUCACCCCCAGAUGUCCCUAAACCCUCCCCCACGGCCCACUUGCAUGCCCCUUUGGCCUUCUGAAGAUGAAGCAGUGGCUUAUCGGACAGAGGCUUUUUCUACUUCCCGACACUAGGACAUUUACCACACAAAGGGGUUUCUACCUGCUGGGGCCACCUAUUGGCCUACCCCCUCCCCCAUCAGCACAGCACGACAGUCCUAUCAAUCGACACUCAGCCAGGUCCGUUCCUCUGUGACACGGUAUUUGAUGGUACGGGUCCCUCUUGACCCUGUGCUCGCAAGACCUUUUCUUUGUCAGUUUGUAGAAACAGGUGGACCCCAGGAGGCUGACGGGUGUGGUCAGAGGACACCCUCAAUGCUAGGGGGUGUUCUGGCCUCCCGGGGCCCUGCGCAGGCCGGUGCCUGGGACAGGGUAGAUGCCUUUGCAGGGAGGAGAAAAAAAAACUACCAAUUGGCUUUGGCAAAACAAUUUCUGAAAAUUUUUUUGCUUUAUGUGGGAAAUAGGUAUAAAUCUCAUUUUAUGCUGUAUUUUAUAUCUUAGUUGUGUUUGAAAACGUUUUGAUUUUUGAAAACAUCAAAAUAAAUAAUGGCAUUUGUUGUA